AUGCGGCCUUUUGUCAAAUCCGAAUCGAUGGCUCGUGGACCAGACUUGAGAAUGGAGCAUCAUUUCAACACGAUUUUGGACAUUUUAUCCGACUGGAGAUUAGACAAGAAAAAGGACAUUCCACUCAUCGUCGCUCACAAAGAAUGCGUCAGCCAAAGCGCGGAAAGAUACUCAAAAACAGAAAUGAAACUGCUCGACCUCCACAUCAACAACUUGGAAUACGCCUGUGGAGCGAGCCUUUCUAGCGUUUCAGCGCUCAAUUGGGACCAGAACGAGCGUUUUCCGCAAUUUGGCAGGGAUCAUGCGAUCGUGACAUACGGAUUUUCUGAUGUUUUGGAAGAAUUGUCGAAACCGCUGAAUACAGAGUUUGAAAUUUUUCGGUUUACCGGUGGCGAGCAUUGA